CGAUGAUAUGUCCCUGUUUCGUGUACAUUUAAGACCCCUUCCUGCCCUAGGAGAUUGUUAUCUAAUAUCCCCACUCGGGAUUACGUUCUUAUUUGGAGCCGUCUGUUUGCCAAGUCCACUUCAGUCACAUGAGUGCAGAUUUGGAUCAGAUGGCGGAAGGGAACACUUGACUCCUUUUAUGCAUGCAAAGUAUUUCCGUCCUCGUUGUAAUACAUGACACGUAAGCUCGAAAGGAAUUUGGCGGCAACCCUGGAGCAAAGACCUGUGGUGCACUUUGCUAUUGAAGUCACAAGAUUCCGGGGGCCGGAUAUCCUGCAAUAAGACGCUAGUUGUAAGAGGGGCUGUGAGGGGUAAAAGCUGGUCAACAGCAUUACAGAGACAACAGUCCAAGUAACAACCUGAAGAAAUCGGACCGAAAUGACGGACAGUUUACCAACUAUCUCGGACAUCAAGUCCAUCACUCUGGAGGAGUUUGACAGGAUGUCAGGGUCAUCAGCUCAACCGGGCACCCGAGACAACAUGGCCGCCAGUGUCAGUGUCGUGACAGGUUCACUACCUACAGGUGUAACCCCGAACACCUUCAUCACAUCAGGCGAUACGUACUACAGGAAAGCACUGCUCAACUUCCUCGUGAAGGCGUCCAACGGACUCAUCAACGUCCACAAUACGAAAGCUUCCGCGACAAACACAGGAAUUCAAGAAAAAUCAAUUUUUCCACGGUCACAUGACGGGAUACGUCCAUCAAAUAUGUUUUCGAAAGAUCCCACACACAAACAGAGCACAAACAACAUGGGAGAACAGGCUGCAAAACGUCCCUUCAUAACAAGUGGACGCAGUGUUUACCGGAAUGGGGUUGUUAAUACCCGAAGUUGCCGCCCGGUAAGGUACAGCCCACUCCCUUGCGAUGAUAAGAUCAACACUCUAAAGAGGAAGCUUCAAGAAUCACAAGAGGCCAUAUGCAAUUUGAAGAAACUGAAAAAGGACAGCGUGAUGUGGAGUGAUAAUGGUGAACAUCCGGUGGAUCUAACCGUCACCGGAAAGGUGAACCAUACAUUCCGGCCACAUCCGGUUGGUGAAUCAGUAACUACAUCAGCCACGUCACCAGAUUCCCAUCACGUGACAAAUGAUGUCAGCAGGUCAACUCGUGACGCUCAGUCACAGGAAGCCAAGAACUCUUCCACGCAGACUCCAGUUUUGAAGAAGAGACGCAGGCUUUCUGAGAUAGUCAACAGUUUGACAAGUAAAAGGCUCGGCCAGAAGAAGUCCUAGUGGACAGUACAAAGGAACUAUCUCACUAUUUAUAAAGCUGUGGCUAGUUGCCCCCUCGCUGUGGUCGAGCGAUUUGACAGAGCGCCAAACACGAAUCUAAUGUAGGACAUAGCAACGCCGUCAACGUUCAGU